CAGCCAUGGCUGGCAAUCUCUACCGGCCAAACAGUAUUGAUAUCGUGGGGGCUGACGGCCUGGUUCGUUAUGGGCGCGUGGUGGAUGUCACGGACAACGGGUUCUUUGUCGACUUUCUCUGUCCCAGCAGGCGACGCCGUUUCUUCCCUUUCGACAGCAGCGUUUUCCCGUCGGACAUUCGACGGGUUUUUCGCCAGGACAUUGUGGCCGAUGCUUGGGCCGCGUCACAGGCACCUUCCCCCGCUCGUGUGGAAGUGCUGAUGCGGGAGAGUCCCUCCGGUCCGUGGACGUGGUUCCCUGCUGAGAUUGUUCAUCCGCCGCGCAUUGCUGACGGACCGCACCGACACUAUCACGUCGUUGUAGUCCGGUGGGACACCUGCAUUCAUGGUGUGAUGCAGUCGGAUGUCGUUCCUGUUGAGCGUAUUCGUUUGCCCAUGCCCGUUGCGCGGUGGGCCAGUGCCAAACGACGACGUUCGGAGGUAAUGCCGAAUGAGCUGCAGAUCGCCGCUCAGCGUGUUGGUAAGUGGACGUUUGUUAAGCGCAGCGUGAAACUGCCAGACAACGUUGCCUGGAUGUCAGUGAAUGAGCUACGUAGAUUGUGGCAUUCUAAUGACGAUGUGGUGAAUUAUCGGCCCAUUACCUUCGUGGAAGUCAGAAAUGGGUGUUCAUAUUAUUUGGAGCGAAGUUUUGCCCACCAGUGGUAUGAACAGAUGGAUGGGACGUUUCAUCCAGAAUUCCCGGAAACUAUCCGGAAAUUUCACAACCAGUUCAUCGAACGUCUUCCGCGCAUUAUCGGGACACCCUUGAUCAACACUACAGAAGUUAGGGACGUUUUCCCUUUGCUGCCGCCGGAGUUACUGCUGGAAGUGUUUUCCCAUGUGAACACGAUGACGCAGACAAAACUGCGCGCUGUCUGUCUCACCUGGGACUAUAUCCUGCAAUCACCGCUGUUGACUGCAACCCUUCUUAUUACCAGCUGUGAAAGCGUCGAUCAUCCCGAACGGCUUGAAUAUCAUCUGACGGCGCCUGUCUACAAAUGUCUGUCUGCCAAGACACAGAACUAUUUAAGCUGUCGGACAUGA